AUGAAUGAUACAUAUACCAAUCCAAACAUAAACAAUAACAAUGCCCCCACUAAUAAUAGCAAUAGUUUAAGUAAUCUAUCUUUUGAAAAAUUACUAAGGGAACCAGAUUUAGUAAAUGAAUAUAAAAGUAAAACAAUUAAAGAAAUGCAAGAACUUGCAUUGAAUCAUUAUCAACUAUUUAUUGAAAACUAUAAAACCUUAAACUUUACUGUAUCAAAGAUUCAAAAUGUAUCAAAUCAAAUUGAACAUGGCUUAUUAGAAAAUCUACCAGAAAUCAGCAGUUCUUGCGAAACUUUUUCAUCUAAAUCACAUACUAUAGUGGAUAGAAGAGCGUCAAUUAAAAACCUAUUAGAUAACUUCCCAACCCUAUUAGAUAUAUUAGAAAUCCCACAAUUAAUUGAUACUUGUAUUAAAAACAACUCUUUCGAUGAGGCACUUCAAUUAGAAUCAUUUGCAAAAAAAAUAUAUAAGCAGUAUUCGAGCAAUAAAGUUAUAGUCGAAUUGAUGAAUGAAAUUAAUACAUGUAUAAGAACAUUAAUCUCGACAUUACAGCAACAACUAAGACAAGAUAUAUCAUUAACAAACUGUAUUAAAACAAUUGGAUAUUUAAGAAGACUAUCAAUAUAUAAAGAAAAUGAACUAAAAAUUAUAUUCCUACAUUCUAGAGAUCAAUGGUUAAUAAAUAGUUUAAAAUUUGAUACAAAUUCGAAUCACGUCACAUAUCUAACAAAAUUAACAGAUAGUUGUAGAACCAAUAUUUUCGAUAUCGUAACACAAUUUAAUGCUAUUUUUUCAAAUGAAAGUCAAGACGAGGACCAUUUAGAUGACCUUAUAUUGUUUAAUUGGGUACAACAAAAGAUUAACAUUUACAUUUCAAUUAUUGAUAGCACAUUAAAUAUGAUUAAAUCUGGAUCAUCGAUAUCAUAUGUUUUAGAAAAUUCAAUGUAUUUUUCAAUGUCAUUAUCAAGAGUUGGCAUCGAUUUCAGAAAUAUAUUAGAGCCAAUAUUUGAAAAACAUAUAUUGAAUAAUUUUGUAUCACAAAUUACACAGGCAUCACAUCACUUUUUAGAAACUUUAAAAACAUAUAAAUUUCCUAUCUCAAAGUCAACAUCCACCACUAUUACUACCGACAAUAAUAAGCAAUCCAACAUAACAUCACCAACCAAUUCACAGCAAUAUAUAUCACCACCAAUAUCAAUAUUAAAUCAUCCACCAUUAGCGGUAUUGGUAAAUUUAUUUUUAAAAGCAUUUAAUGAACUAAAAGAUUGUUUCCCAGUUUCUAUUAAAUCACAAGCCACUCUUAAACUAAAAGAAUCGAUCAUUACAAUUAUAGGUGGAGUAACAUCAUAUCAUAAUCAACAACUAUCAAAUGCAAUUUCGACUUUUGUAAACUCACCACAAUCACCAAUAGCAUCAAAUAACUCUACCCUUCAAAAAAAUCAACAACAAUUAAAUUUAUUAAGUGGCUCUCUUGAUAAAGUUUUUCAUUCAUUCUGCAAAUGUUUAGCAGAGGAUUUUAUACCAUUCAUUGUAAAAUGCUUUGAAAUUAUUUGUGGUAACCAACAGCAACAACAAACAUCAGAUCAAAGUGACACCAUUGAUGUCGAAUCUUUAGUUUUAUCAAUAAAGAAAAUUUAUUUACCAGAAAGUCAUUUUAAUCAAUCAAAUAAUAAAGUAUCAAAUGAAAUAUUAAAUAAAGAAAAAGAAGAAAAAGAUAUUAAAGAAAGAGAAGAAAAAGAAAAAAUAAUGAAGGAGAAAAAGGAAAGAGAAGAUAAAGAAAAUGAAGAAAGAAAAAAAGAAGAGAUUGAAGUUUUAGAAAAAGAAAAAGAAAAAGAAAAAGAAAAAGAAAAAGAAAAAGAAAAUGAAAAUGAAAAUGAAAAAGAAAAUGAAAAUGAAAAUGAAAAUGAAAAUGAAAAUGAAAAUGAAAAUGAAAAUGAAAAUGAAGAUGAAAUUGAAAUUAAACAGAUCAAGGAAGAUAUUGAAAAUGAAAAUAUAAAGGAAGAUAUAAAUAAAAAUGAAAAUGAAUAUGAAUAUGAAAAUGGUAAUGGAAAUGAAAAUAUAAAUCAAAAUGAAGAUAUAAACCAAAAUGAAAAUGGAAAUGAAGGUGAAAAAGAAAAUUCUAUAAAUAAAGAAAAUUAA